CGAAAACAUUAUUUUGUUUACAUGUAUCACCAUUUAAAUUGUAAAAUUACGUUGCAAUGUCAGAGAAUUCUAUGGACUUGAACUUUUCUGUGAAAAUGUUUAAAAGUACGAGUAUUACAAUUAAACAUUAUGUUUCAAUAUUAUAAUGCCGUUGAGGAUCAAGGAUUAUAAUGUCCAUUGGAACUAGCUUAAUUUGAACUCAUUCGUAUAAUUAUUUUCAAUUUUGAUAAAAACGUAGUUAUCUGAAAUAAAAAAUACUUAAAGAUGCAAAAUAUUAUGCAAUCUAUAAGAGAAUGUAAUACCAUUCGGUAUACAUCUUAUAGAACAGCGGCAAAAAUGCAAAUUUUACACAAAGAACUUAGUAUGCAGUACAUUCAAUUGGAAUUAAUCGCCGGUGUCUUUGAACGUCAUAGACUUUCGAUCACAGAAAAUUGUGUAAAUUUGGAUCCAAGCGAAAUUGAAGAUGUCCUUUCAGACAUUUAUUUUGCAGCAUGCAAAGAGAAUAAUACUAAUUUUGAUAUCGAUCUUACGACGAAACUUGCUGUAAAUUACAUUUUGACUACAUUUGAUAAACAAUGUACUAGAAGCGUAUCGGUAUUUUCCGUGAAAGUUGCUUUAAUAUUAAUGUGCUCUGGGAGAUUGCAAGAGAAAUAUGGUUAUUUCUACCAACAAUUAGCGGACCACAAUGCGUGUUUGUCCAAAGCUAGUUUGCACACGUUAUUAACAAAUAUUUGUAAAAUUACGGAAAUGCUUGGAGAAAGUGCUGCGUAUGGAUAUCAAAACAUUCAAUUACACGUUGACAGUUGUUUUUCAAAGUCUCAAGGAUGCCUUGGAGUUACCGAAUCAGAGUUCGCAGCAUGGAUCAUGCAAGAACCUCCUUUGCUUGUUUGGAUAACGACAUUUAAUCGUAUGAAAUCUGCAGAAAACAUUACACAUAAUGUCAGAUGCUCCUCUUGCAAAGCAUCGACCAUUCAAGGACCACGGUACACAUGCUUGAAAUGUACAGCGUAUCAUCAGUGCCAACAAUGUUUUUUAUACAGUAAAAUAUCAGGGAAGCACAAGUUGAAGCAUCCAGUUCGCGAGUUUUGUACCAAGACUUCAAAUCGAGAAGUAACAAAGUUAAUUAUUGAGUUAAUAAGGAACAAAUUGAGAUUGUGCCCUGCCAGGUCGAUCGAAAUGAACAUUGAGGAUCAGACACCGCAUAUAACCAGCAAUGAGAUAUCACACAUCGACAAUGAAUCAUUAAGGGGUACAAUGAAAAAACGAGUCCUAAGUGAUCCACAAAAAGAGCUACAGAGCAUAAUUACUCAUUUGGAGCAAGAAAAUAAGGAAUUGCAAAUCGAAUUACUCGAUAUACAGGGUACCAGAGCAGAAAGACUCCAGCGUCACAGAGUUACUAUCGAAUCACAGCUACAACGGUUAAAAUUAUUAAAAAAAUAUUUGUUUGCCGAUAGAACUCACACACCUCAAGUAAUUAAUCACAUGCAGAGUACGCCUAUGGUUCCACCUUUGUCAUCGAGGCUAGCUGCUUUACCUAUAAAUUUUGAAUUGAGCCCAAUUAUUCGGCAAGAAAAUAUAGAACAGAUCUCGAACUCGAACGAUACAGAUACGCUGCAAACGAACACUUUUAAUCCAACGUUAUCUGUAGAAUGCGGCACCGAAGAAAACCACGAUGUUAUUUGCGCUGGAGAAGCGUCUACCAGCUCAAGUUUCAGUAAUACACUAGAAUCUACUCGCAUAGAACUCAGUACAUGGAUCGGAGGAACAAAGAGAUUAGAAAUAAGUCCUGCCGCUAGUGGUUUUUCUCAGUGGUUAGGCUCGACCGAUUCCGGGUGCAAGAAAGAAAAGUAUUCGAUGAAAACUAUGACAGCCAGCACCGAAAACGAAUCGCCGUUAAUAAUUUCUGAAUCUCUUAUGGGCAUUCAUAGGAAUAAUACACCGUCUUCUCUUCAGAGGCCAGACAAACAUUCGCAGCACAGUAGUUUACAAAAUAUUCAGGGUGACUUAAAUGACAUAUUAGAUAGAUUACAAAAUAUGGUUGCUGAUGACUGUUUACUCGACGAUUCUUACGUUGCUAAUGAUAAUUGUAAAUUGAAACGUGCUACAACUGAAAUGGAAGAUUUGUUAACAGGACUUAUUCAAGGUAUGGAAUCCCGUAAAAGUAAACUUACUACUAUAGUGUGAUUAAAUUUUUAAAUCGCAACCAAGCGCUCGGCAAUUCCAAAGUAAAUAUCUACGAAAUAAAUAUCUCCGUCCGCGAAGCGAAACAUUUUUAACUAUAUCUAAUUGUAAGUUAUCGAUACCAAUGUUAAUGA